AUUUGAUGUAUUAACUGUAUAUUUUUAAAUAAUUCCAUAAUCUAAUCUUUAAAGUCGAAACACGUGUGAAUUAAUUUACAAUCAUGAAAAUGGAACUUAAGAAUAUCAAAAUAAUCGUUUACAAUAAAGAUGACACCUACUUAACGACAAAGAAUGGUCGGUAAUGGCAUGGGGUUGCAGUCAGUAAACAGAACAGCCGCUUGUGUGUUUAUUAUGGGAACCAUAAACAUGGCGGCUCCCAUGUAAAAGGAUAGCCGAAACGUCUAUUUAAUUUAAAGUGGAGACGUACCGAUGACAUAUUUUGUAAGUUAACAUCAAUAUUUGUUCAAGCAUUGAACUCAUUUAAUUCAUAAUAGUUUAUGUUGUAUUUAAUUAUUUAAUUGUAUUUCAUAAUUAUGGUGGUUUUGAAAAAUCAACAUGACUUAAAUAAAUUUAAUAAAAAGUUAAAACUUUUAACUUUUAAUAUUUUAAUAUUAAUUAAGUCUAAGUCGAAGUAUCAAGUUAAUAAUAAGAAGUACACUUACAUGUUAAAUAGUUUUACAAGACUAACAAUAAUAUUAAUUAAAUAAAAAUUAAUGAACUAAACUUAAACUAAUGUUAAAAAAUAACAGUACCUUACUAAGACUGUAGUAGUGUGUAAGUAAGUGUAAGAGUUAAAAGUAAAAGUAAAGUUAAAAGAAUAGAUUUCUAAAAAUUUUAAGCCAACAUGAUUAGGUAAGGGUGUGGCAAGUUCUUUGUUAAGUUUAAGUCUUAAGUGAUAGAGUAAAAACUUAAAGUUAAAAUUAGUUAGUUAGAAAUAAGUAGCUUGCCUUACUCUUAGCCUUCUUAUUCUUAGCCCCUCUAACUCUAACACUUCUUUUUGUAAUGAUAGUGAUAGUCUUAAUAGUCAAAAAAUGAAUAUAAAAAACCAGCCCAAUUCCUAAUCAUUAAAAGAAAUAAUAUAUUAUUUUAAUAACUUAUUUUAUAUAUAAUUUAUAAUAUAAUCAUCAUUAACUUUUUAAACUUUAUAAUUAUAGUAUUUAUCAACCUGUCAAGUGUCAACCUUCAGCGACCAGGCAUAUUCAGUUAAUUCAAUUGAUAAAUAUGAUAUUGUUGUUGUAGUGUAUUCCAUUGUAACUAUACUAUAACUGUUACUGUGAUAUAGUAUAGGCAGUAUAGGUAGAGUAGCCUAUUCUUAUACUAUACGACUAUACAGUGGCAUACCUUGACUACAUGUCACCCAGGGUGAACUCAUAAGGGGCUAACUCCCAAAAUUCGCUCCCCCCAUAGUCCAUAGCAAAUUAUCAGCAUAAUCAGUGUAGGCUAUAGCAUUGCUCGGUUAUCUCUUAUUUUAGCACAGUAAGUUCAAUGCAAGUAGAACUGACCUUUUUUUGUUUCAUAGUUAACUUUAUAAAUAUAAAUAAAAAACCUAUUUCAUUAUCAUCAAAAUAAUUUUAAAAGUCAAAUAUUGUCUUUUAUUCUCUAAUUUAAAAAAAAAAUUAAAACAAUGGUAAGAGACAAAAUAAAGUACACCUCCAUGCAUAUUUUGUCAUUCACUGGGUCAUUGUGGUAUACAAUGAGAACUCAGGUAUUAAAAAUCCCUUUUAAAACCAACAACUCAUGACAUUGGAAAACAAUAGAUUUAGAUACUUGUUCUGUUAACUACUACAGUAUAGUUUUAUUGUAGUUCCAUCUGGUAAAUAAGGAUUUUUAAAUUAAAAAAUGCUCACUAAACAUCACUCUAGAAUGCUAAAAUAAGAUAAUUUCUGUUUUUUAGACUUGAAAUUGGUCAUUCUCAAGAUUCAAGUAUUUAUAAUUGAUUUGAAUUUAAACAGGAUUGUAACAAUUUUAUAAACAGUAAACACUGUUUGGUCCUUAUGGCUUGUUAAAAAUGUUUUUGACUUAAAUGAAUUCAAAAUAAGUAAUGUAACAAUUCAUUCGGCUGCCUUGGUUAAGCAGAUAGGCCUACUGUACUCAGGGAAUAAAAUAAAUUGUGAAUCAGACGAGACAAAGAAACCAUCUGUUUUAUGGUGGAUAUAAGUCCCAUAAAUGAGCGCCCCAUAAAGUAUUAGUGAUCGUAGAAAUAAAUAUUUUCUGUUUUGAAAUUACUUAGUUUCAUUUUUAGUGAUGAUCUGACAAGAAAAGUAGAAUAUCAAGGCAUUCUGUUACAAAAACAAUUUAUUGUGGAGCUCCCCGCAAAAAAAUUUGGUGUUGAGCUCUCAGCUCCUUAAAUGAAUAAAAAGUAAUUUAAAAUAUACCUCAAACUUAAAAAUAAUUUAAUAUUAGUUUAUUCUUUUCAGUGGAUUAUUUAUGUGUUAUUGUAUCUCAAAUAUCAUAUUCAAUUAUUGAUUUGAUAAUUAGAAACCAAGUGUAAAUCUAUUGAAUUGAGUGACAUAACAGGCAGGAGAUAUUAUUUGAUAUAUCAUCUCACAGUUUAAAUAAUCAGUGAAUAUAAUCCUCAGUCCUGUGUCUGUGCUCAUACACCACAUCUCCACUGGCUAAAUCUCUGUACUCCACUGCCUAAAUCUCUCUUUGUGCUCCACUGCCUAAAUCGCUCUUUGUGCUCCACUGCCUACAUCUCUGUGCUCAAUUGACCCAGCUAUUAACCACUGCCAACAUCUCUGUGCUCUACUGCUAACAUCUCUGUGCUCCACUGCCAACAUCUCUUUGCUCCACUAUGCCAUCUCUGUGCUCUACUGCCUACAUCUCUGUGCUUCACUGCUUACAUCUCUGUGCUCCACUGUCCCAUCUCUGUGCUCUACUGCCAACAUCUCUGUGCUCUACUGCCAACAUCUCUGUGCUCUACUGCCAACAUCUUAGUGCCCCACUACCUACAUCUCUGUGCUCCACUGCCUACAUCUAAUUGCUCUACUGCCAACAUCUCUGUGCUCCACUGCCUACAUCUCUGUGCUUCACUGCCUACAUCUCUGUGCUCCAUUGUCUCAUCUGUGCUUCACUGCCUACAUUUCUAUACUCUACUGCCUACAUCUCUGUGCUCCACUGCCUACAUCUCUGUGCUCCACUGUCCGAUCUCUGUGCUCUACUGCCAAUUUCUCUGUGCUCUACUGCCAACAUCUCUGUGCUCUACUGCCAACAUCUUAGUGCUCCACUACCUACAUCUCUGUGCUCCACUGCCUACAUCUAAUUGCUCUACUGCCAACAUCUCUGUGCUCCACUGCCUACAUCUCUGUGCUUCACUACCUACAUCUCUGUGCUCCAUUGUCUCAUCUGUGCUUCACUGCCUACAUUUCUAUACUCUACUGCCUACAUCUCUGUGCUCCACUGCCUACAUCUCUGUGCUCCACUGUCCCAUCUCUGUGCUCUACUGCCAACAUCUCUGUGCUCUACUGCCAACAUCUCUGUGCUCUACUACCAACAUCUCUGUGCUCCACUGCCUACAUCUCUGUGCUCCACUGCCUACAUCUAAUUGCUCUACUGCCAACAUCUCUGUGCUCUACUGCCAACAUCUCUGUGCUCCACUGCCUACAUCUCUUUGCUCCACUACCUACUUCUCUGUGCUCUACUGCCUACAUCACUGUGCUCAUGUGCUCCACUGCCUACAUCUCUGUGCUCCACUGCCUACAUCUAAUUGCUCUACUGCCAACAUCUCUGUGCUCUACUGCCAACAUCUCUGUGCUCCACUGCCUACAUCUCUGUGCUCCACUACCUACAUCUCUGUGCUCUACUGCCUACAUCACUGUGCUCUACUGCCAACAUCUCUGUGCUCCACUGCCUACAUCUCUGUGCUCCACUGCCUACAUCUAAUUGCUCUACUGCAACAUCUCUGUGCUCCACUGCUGAAAUAUCUGUGCUCCACUGCCUAAAUCUCUGUGCUCCACUGCCUAAAUAUAUGUGCUCUACUGCCUACAUCUCUGUGCUCCAUUGUCCCAUCUCUGUGCUCUAUUUUCCCAUCUCUGUACUCACUGACACAUGUUAGGACCCCACUGCUCUCGGCUAUGAGCUCUGCUGUCAUAGCAAUGUUCCCCAUUACCCUGGCUCUGUGCUGUUCUGCACUAGGUCAGCGUUCCUUGAAAUUUUAACUCUAUUAUUUAUCCGUUUUAUGUUUAUGGGACCCCCUAUCUCAGGCAUAAUUAAAUCGGUUUAGUUAUGGAAUGGGCCCCCGAGGCCCCUUGAUUAACUUAAAAUAAAAAGGAUGAUAAUUAUGGCAUUUGUUGAAGAUUUUUAUCAUAUUCAAAAAAAAUUAGAAAAGUAGUUUUUACACAUGUUUCAAGCAGGUUAUUAAAUUUAAUCUAGAAUAUUCCAUAAAGUUAUAAAUUGUUACAAGGGGAUAUAUAGCGGGAUGUAAGGGAUUAUUGAAAUUUUAUGUAAUUCUAUUCAUUUCUAUACUGUCCCGGAGUUUACUGUUCUCUCAGUAACACUGAGUAAUAUUUUAUACGUCAUCCCAGAUGGGUCGGGAUCCCAUCAUAAUCUUUAUCCCAACGGGAUCAGGAUCCCACCAGAAAACGGGAUCCCACCAGAAAACGGGAUCCCACCGGGAUUGGAAUCCUAACCUUCAAUAGAUCCACCAGGAUCGGGAUCACACCGGGAAACGGGACUGCGCCAAGAUCUGUGUCAGAAUGGGAUGGGAGUCCCAAUGGGAUCGGGGGUUACACCAGGAUGGGGUUCUACUGCAAUCCCGGGCCACGCCGGGUAUAUAGGCUAGUGUGUGUAUAUAUAUAUAUAAGGGCGUCUUAAUUAACUUGUGGCACAGCAGAAAGGAAUCAAAUUCAAAUGUGAAACUUACACUUACAUGUUGUAAACAUACUUUUCAUUGAUCGCAGAUUUUUUUUAAUGGGAUCAUUUUGUGAAGACUGGAGUAGAGACCGACCGAAAGUGAUUUUCUGAUUUCGGCCGAAGCCGAAAAUAGGCCGAAAGUUUCAAAUGACUUUCGGCCGAAACCGAAAAAAGGCCGAAAGUUUAAAAAUGACUUUCGGCCGAAACCGAAAAAAGGCCGAAAGUUAAAAAUGAAUUUUGGCCGAAACCGAAGCCGAAAAUGAAAUAUUAAGAUAUUUUGAAAUUCGUUCCCGCAUACAUUCUGCUUACAUCGAAAAUGAUGUGGUAAAGUAUAAAUAUUUACAUUCUUUUUAUAAAAAUGAGAUAAUCGUAAAUAUUAAUAAAUAAACAUCUAAUUUAGGGGUCUCAAACUCGCGGUCAGCGAGCCAUUUGUGACCCGCAAGACGAUAUUUUGCGGCCCGCUACAUGACAGAAAAGUUUAGUGUAAAUGCGCCGGCCCGUUUCCACCAUUCUCAUAUAUACGGUUUCAGUCGAUCUCACCGACUAAUCUAAUUUUGAUUUUUUUUUUAAUGACUCUAUAUAUUUUUGUAUGCCAGGUCUCUGGCAACAGUGAGUAAUUCUUGGGAUCGCUUAAUUAUUUCAUUGUUAUUUAUAACGGUUGAGCAGAUUGUAACAGUUGUAAUCGCAUUUUUGUGGAUUAUUUGAUGCGGCCCACUCUUAUUCAGACACUACCUCCUGCGCCCCCCCCCCCACCCCCCCCAUAAUUUGAGUUUGAUACCCUUGUUCUAAUGAAUACUUUGGAUUUUACCAUUUUAAUAUAAAAGUAAUUUAAAUUGCUUUACAAUUUUUUCAAAUUUGUAUGGUAGGAGAAAAUUUGGCAAAAAUUGGGGAGGGGGGGGGGAGGAGGGGAAAUUAAUGCAAAAUAUUAUUUUUUUAAACCGGGUCUCUAAAAAAUAUGGUUCUAAAAGAUCACUUAAUUUGUUUUUAAAGAUCGUUUAGUUGGUUGUUAUUGAUCGGUUAGUUUGUUCUUAAAGAUCGGUGAGUUUGUUCAUAAAGAUCACUUAGAUUGUUCUAAAAUAUCGCUUAGUUUCAUCUUAAAGAUCGCUUAAUUUGUUCUUAAAGAUCACUUAGUUUGUUGUUAAAGAUCGCUUAGUUUGUUCUUAAAGAUCGUUUAGUUUGUUCAUAAAGAUCGCUUAGUUUGUUGUAAAUUCGCUUAGUUUUUUCAUAAAGAUCGCUUAGUUUGUUCUUAAAGAUAAUUGAUUUUGUUCCUUAAGAUCAAUAAGUUUGUUCUUAAAGAUCUUUCAGUUUGUUCCUAACGAACAUUUAGUCUUCUGUUAAAGAUCGCUUAGUUUAUUCUUAUAAAUCAUUAAAGAUCAUUUGUUUUGUUCUUAAAGAUCAUUUAGUUCGGUCUUAAAAAUCGUUUAGUUUGUUAUUAAAGAUCGCUUAGAUUGUUCUUAAAGAUCGCUUAGUUUUUUUUAAAGAUCGUUUAGUUUGUUUUUAAAUGGCGCUUAGUUUGUUGUUAAAUAUCAUUUAGUUUGUUCUCAAAGAUCACUUAAUUUGUUCUUAAAUGUCGCUUAGUUUGUUGUUAAAUAUCGCUUUUGCUUAGUAUUCAAUGACCGAAAACCUGAGUCACUUUCGGCCAUCCCGAAGAAAAACCGAAAGUUUACUUUUCUCUUUCGGCCGAAACCGAAAUUAAGCCGAAAGUUAACUUUCCAGUUUCGGCCGAAACCGAAAAUUGGCCGAAAGUGAGAAAAUGGCCACUUUCGGCGCCGAAACCGAAGCCGAAGCCGAAAUUCGGUCGGCCUCUAGACUGGAGUUUAAAAAAGAAUAAUAAGGAGAAUAUUGAUCAGCGUGUACUUGGGGGAAAAGCAGACCUUGGCCUUUACACUGCAUUUAUUUUGUACUGUCAAGAUCGUCAAAAUAAGUUUCAAAGCAUUAGCCGCCACCCUCGAUGCCUGUCUCGAUCAUUGGCAAUACAAGGCAUAGACAUAGAUUCUGAUAUGCCCACCGCCAAUGGCUUGAAUCUCGUACUAUCUAUCGCACUGUUGCAUAUGAAUGUAGAAUAAAUAGGGCUCUGUUGUAGAAUUCAACCCACAUAAAAGGCCAUACCGCGUCCCUUUUUUGCGUUGUGGGGCUAUUAUUGGGGGGGGGGGUGUCAAGGGAUCUUAAAUGAGGGUUUCUCAAACAAGUUGAGAAGGUUAACUACGAAUUACAAGGCUAUCUGUUUCAGCCUUGUUACAGACCGGUAAUGAACAAGUCUACGUUAAGCCCUUAUAUUAAUAGGUUAUUGCUUAUUCCAUUGCCUUAACAUUCAAAGCGAAGUGCAAAUUUCAGAUCGUCACUGAUCUAAAGUCGAUCUCCAUCGUCCGUCAAAGGACCGUAGAGCAAGAUUAAAAUUAACGGGACGUUCACACGAUGCUGAUGAGCACACGCUUUAAGGAGGGAAGGAAAAGACUGUUUACAAUCACAUUAAAAGAACCAGCAGUACCAGCGUCAUAAUAAUAUAUUGAGGUGUUUUCUGUUGGUGGGGGGGGGGGGAGUUGAUUUUGUAUUAAUCUGUUAGGUCAGCAAGUGGCGUAGCUAGGGUAAGGGGCGCCCGGGGCGGGUCAAGAUUUUUGCCCCUCCCCCAAGGCGGCACUGUUUUUUUCUUUAUUGUGGAGGGGUGGCGUCUUUUGCCAUGGCUGCAUUUUUUUUUUUUUGCCGUGGAAGUGGGGCGGCAAAAAAUCUCGUGCCGCCCUGAGUGGAACUAAUCCAACAGCUAGCCCCCCCCCACCCACCGUCUGAAAUGUAAACUAGUGUCCUCUUAACUCCAUCGGCCGGUGGACCUGUCGCUUAAAUGCAUUUAAAAACGAGACACUUGAAAAGUCUGAUUAAUGAAGACGUGUUGACACUGGAAGCUAAUCUUUUUAAAAUAGAGGUUUGUCGUGACGGGGAAUGGCGUCGCUCAGUGCUUCAUAUCUAAACCCAUUGAGCUUUAAAAGGGGCGAUUCAAUGUCAAUACAUUUGAACCACCUGUCUAUUUUUUUUUUUUAAAGUUAAUAUUAUUGUGCAGCGCUGCGACAAUCGCCGUCGUCCAGGGCAACCAAGAAAAGUCAGAAUCUUUUCAGCGUAUAGUUGAUCUCAAUUUUGGGAACUGGUUUGUCGAGUCUUACCACAGUGCCCCCCCCCCCCUCCCCCACAGGCGGGCCCGCACCGAGUGCUGACAAGCUAUGGAUUUCUUCCAUUCCCAUGUUGUACCUUACCAUUAGUGGCUUAUACGUGUAUGGAUUUGGUUGAUAAAUUGAUCGAUACCAUUAUGGUAACCAUGUCGAAAAUGCACGUCGUUUUUCGGAAGUUUGGUGUUCGGAAAGGGCUGGGUGUGAUUGUGUGGAAGGGGCGUCGCCGGUAGUUAGGGAUGAAUGGGAAGGAUUGCCAAUUAUAAUGGCAUUAAGAUUUGCCAUUUUGUGUAUGUGUAUAUCAAGCUGAUCACCGGUCAUUUCUACACAGUGGCGAACCUGGGGGGGGGGUGGGGUGGGGGGGUUGGGCACUUGUAGCCGUCCCUUAGGGACUCCCUGGCGGUGAUCUGAAAUUAUUGGGUGGGGGGGGGGGUGGGGCCGUGUUGCAAACAAAUAUUGAGCAUACGAAAUUGUCUUGUUUUAUUCCAAGCCAAAUACCCUGGGAAAGGGGGCAGCCCAUAAGUCUCCGAGGGGAGACAAUGGGGAAGGCAAUCAAAAUAUUGAACACCAGACUCAAAAGGGAUGUAAGAAAGACGGAGGGAACGGGAAGAAUUGAUUAUCAGUUGUUUGCCCUAUGCAAUACACUGAGGUGUGAGGAAUAAGACUGAGAGUACCGGAAGGGAACGAUGAUAAGUGUAUAGAAAUAUAGUGAGUAUAUUUGUUAGGGAGUCGCAUGAGAACUUAAGGAGUAAAUGUAAACGGCCAUAGCGUGGUGGGGAACUUCGUGGUGAGGUAGGGUGGGAAGAGUAUGGCAUAAUGCAGUGGUCGGUGGACAGGGGUUAAUUACCCCAAACUGUGGUAACGAUUGGAAAUCUUGGAGUAAUGAGAAUUUUUUUUUCUUCACAUUUUUGUCUUCAUCUGGCAAUGUUGCAUCUGGCCUGUGUGGCAGCCAAAUAUAUCUGACCCGUGUGACAGCAGAGAAUAUCUGGCAUGUGUGACAGCCAAACGUAUCUGGCCGGUGUGGCAGCCAAACAUAUCUGGCCUGUGUGACAGCAGAGAAUAUCUGGCCCGUGUGACAGCCAAACAUAUCUGGCCCGUGUGACAGCCAAACAUAUCUGGCCCGUGUGACAGCCAAACAUUUCUGGCCCGUGUGACAGCCAAACAUAUCUGGCCCGUGUGACAGCCAAACAUAUCUGGCCUGUGUGACAGCCAAACAUAUCUGGCCUAUGUGACAGCCAAACAUAUCUGGCCCGUGUGACAGCCAAACAUAUCUGGCCUAUGUGACAGCCAAACAUAUCUGGCCAUGUGACAGCCAUUUCAAUUAAUUAAUUUGUUUUUGUUCUUGUCAUUGUUAUACUGUGGUCUUAUUUUAACAAGAAGAAAUCCAUCGGGGAUGGGGGGAUGGGGGGUGUGUGACGCCAUGAGUUUACCGCACCGGGUGACACCAAACCUAGCUACGCCGCUGACUAAAAGUACGUGGGGUAAUGGCUAAGACAAAGUCCGUCGACCCCUGGUAUAGAUUAUGUAGUGGCGUAUUCUAAUUUGUCAGCCUUUGGGGGAAGGGUGGGGGGUAAGCAUCCAAAAAUGACGUCACGUUUGGAGAAAGGGAGAGAAAGGGGGGGGGGGGUCCACGAAUUUGUGACGAUGGCGGGAAAAAAAGAAGGGGGGGGGAAAAAUAAUGGGCCGUCAUAAUUCUAAUUUGUCAGCCUUUGGGGGAAGGGUGGGGGGUAAGCAUCCAAAAAUGACGUCACGUUUGGAGAAAGGGAGAGAAAGGGGGGGGGGGUCCACGAAUUUGUGACGAUGGCGGGAAAAAAAGAAGGGGUGGUGAAAAAUAAUGGGCCGUCAUUUAUGGAUGGCCCCGCCCCUUUGAUGAAGUGCAUAGGAACACCGGACCUGGUGUGAGGUUUUGUUUACCACCUGACUAGCGAAAGAUUGAAUGUGUAUAUAUAUAUAUAAACAAUCAAUCUUUCGCUAGUCAGGUGGUAACCAAAACCUGACACCAAGUCCAGUGUUCCUGUGCACUUUUUGCGGAACCAGUGGGGGGAUCUUGAAGAGUUCCCAGAUUUCUCCCCUUCUCCCAGGAUUUGACCCCCCUUAUUUCAUUGACAUCUUCUCACGUGUGUCCCUGUCUUAAACAAUGCUUACCAACUCUUUGUGCUUCUCCCAGUUCCCUCUAUCAGAUCCCUGCCAAAGAAAAUUGGCGCCCGGGCAUCUUGGAGAGUUCCCAGAUUUCUCCCCUUCUCCCAGGAUUUGACCCCCCUUUUUUCAUUGACAUCUUCCCAUGUGUGUCCCUGUCUUAAACAAUGCUUACCAACUCUUUGUGCUUCUUUCCUGUUCCCUCAAUCAGAGCCCUGCCGAAAAAAAAUUGGCACCCGGGGUGAAGACUGAAAAUUUGAAACCACCAACAUACAGAAAAAGGUGCCGCCCCUGCAGACAAGCAAAACACGAUUUUGGCGCCCCUUUCUGAAGUACACAGCAUUUAUCGUUUAAUUCACUGCAAAGAUCCUAUCUAAAAAUUAAUUUUGGCGCUGCUCCCCCCCCCCCAACCCUGAUGUUGUGCUUGGGGCCAGUGCCCCCCCCCUCGUACAGCCCUGCUUCUAUCAUCACCAUUUUGCCUGGAUCCCCUCACCAUUUGAUAGUUUUUGGCUACUUAUGUGUUUCCUGGGGUAUUUAUGGUUUUAAUCAUUGCAUGAUCCAUUGCAUCUACAAUUUCUUCACCAAAUCAUAUGGUUAUCAUCUUCCUAUUACCAAAAUUAUUCCGGAUGUUAUUAAACAGUUUUUUGCUAAAAUUCCUGUAUACAUGAUUAUAUUGACGGCUUAUUUAAUGUCAAUCUGAACUGGUUCACUCAUUCAAUUAGUUUUUAAAAAUAAUGUAUCUAUCCAUCCUAUUUAUGCUAAAUGUAUUUUUUUUAUAGUACUUGUAUUUUUGCAUAGUACAUUUAUUUUUUCAUAGUACUUGUAUUUUUGCAUAGUACAUUUAUUUUUUCAUAGUACAUUUAUUUUUUCAUAGUACUUGUAUUUUUGUAUAGUACAUUAUUUUUUCAUAGUACAUAUGUUUUUUCAUAGUACAUGUAUUUUUUUAAUAGCACAUACAUUUCUUUUAUUGUACAUGUAUUUUAUAAAUGUUUUUACUCCUCCCGCAGGUCACUCAGAAUGUUGACCACUUAAUGUGCUACAAAAAUAGGUCAAACGAUGACGUCUCCGGUCCGCCCAUUGGAUCCUGAACUCCUGAGUUUUCUACAGGUCAAUCCUUUUUUUUUAAAAUUUAAGCUUUUUAAAAAAUCUAAGAUAAAUGUGCAAAAGGUUUGAGUAAAUUGAUAAUUUACUAAACAAUACACCUUCACUAUGCUGGCAGCAGGUGAAACCUGUGCAUGAUACACAUUUCACAGUCUACAGCAAUUAAUUAUUAUUAUCCCCCCCCCCCCCAUCUGUCAGAAUUUUGCUAAAAAAGGUUUGAGUAAAUUGAUAAUUUACUAAACAAUACACCUUCACUAUGCUGGCAGCAGGUGAAACCUGUACAUGAUACACAUUUCACAGUCUACAGCAAUUAAUUAUUAUUAUCCCCCCCCCCCCAUCUGUCAGAAUUUUGCUAAUAUUAAGGACGGCUGCCACGGUGUUUAUUAUAGUUGCAGUGAAUUAGGGUUUAGGUUAGGUUGAGGGAUCGAUUUAGGGUUCAGGUUAGGCAUAGGGCUCGAUUUGAGAUACAUUCGUGAAAUUCGAUAAAAUAGUGGCAGACGUCCUUAAAAUUUACCCAGAAUUUACAUGCGCUCUUCCGCUUUCAGUCUGUUAGAAAAUCAAAUAAUUAUUCUUAAAUCCAUACGAAUGUUUAAAUUAUAGAGAGAAGGGAGAAAACGCAGGGUUUAUGAAAUAUAGAUUUAGCCUAAAACCCAACAACAAUCAUAAUAGCAAAAAGCAUUCAUCAGCAAACAAAAAUUAAAAAGUAUUAAAAAAAAAAAAUGCUCAUCUUGUGCUGUGUGAAGUCGGAAAGAAAAGUGCGAACAGAUCUUGUUUUUUUCUGAGUCAUGUCAUCUGAACAAACAGUGAGGCAUUGUUGUGUUAAUGUCAAAUAUCAUUCUGGUGUGUAUAGCAUGUCAUCUUCAAUGUCAUUACCAUGUCAUCUGAUCAACCCUGCAUAAAAUUUUUUAUUAAUGUCAUUAUUUUAUUAAUGUACAACGCUGAUGUGUGUCACCUGUCAUCUUUUCUAAUCCAUGUCAAAAAUAACUUAAGAAAAUCUAUGUCAUCUUUUCAUUUCUCGAUAUAUUACCAUGAUGGCAACCAUCUAAUCUAUCCUAUGACAUCACAGACUCUAGUAAAUGGCGGUGAUGAGCCCCAGCCUGAGAAGACAGACAGCGACAAGGAGAAUGAGGCAGGCCGAAUCGGUGAGAACAUGGACGCAGUGGAGAGCGAGCGAAAUGUCAGAUUUUCCGACUCUCUAGAUGGAUCUGGAAAUGGUAAUGAAAACAUUCAAACAGAUGACUCGAGGGAACAUCAAGAUGGACUUAAAGAUAAAAACAACGACAGCGUAACGGAAGAAGAUUAUAAAUAUGAAACUUUUGAGGGUGACAACCAUGAGGGGCAGAAACAACAAGAAACCGUGAACAUGUCUGAUGGGAGUGCUCCUAAAACCAAAAAUCUCAAGAAAAAGAAGAAAAAAACUUUGAAAAAGUUCGCUCAGCGACCAAUGUCUGCACAUCCCACUGUCACAAUGGGUUCUCAGACUGAAUCCAACCACCACACUGAAGGGUACGAACCCAACAAACAGGAAACCAUGAGCGAGACUGGCGGGCGGAGGCUUGGGCGGAGGAAGCAGGUUUCCCGUCCACGUUGCGCUGGACCAGAGCCGAAAGGGGACGUUCUACAACAAAAAUACCUGGUAACUAUUCUCUUUUGGCUCUAGCUAACAAACAUUUUAUUGUAGAAUAUAAACUUUAAACUGUAUUCUAAUUCCAUACUAAAAAAAUUCAUGUCAUUUUCUAGAUUAAGUAUUUAUAGUUUUUCAUUAUUAAUUUUAAAAUAAUCUCUUUAAAGGCAGCGCAGACAUGCAUUUCCUGUUAUUUUAUUCAGAAAACAAAGAAUAAAAUAACAAGUGAAAACGAUUAAUUAAAAACACUUGAAAUAAUUCCAUUAAAAUAAAUAAGGAAAACUGUAAGUUCCUAAUAAUUUAAAAAAAAAAAAAAGAUAAGAUAAGAUAAGAUUUUUUAUUGAUCCAAAUAUAUGGAAAUAAUUUUUGAUUACAUUUUACAUAUUUUAUUUUCAGCACAUAAAUAUAAUACAAAGAAAACAAAGAAUAAAAUAACAAGUGAAAACGAUUAAUUAAAAACACUUGAAAUAAUUCCAUUAAAAAAAAUAAGGAAAACUGUAAGUUCCUAAUAAUUUAAAAAAAAAAAAAAAGAUAAGAUAAGAUAAGAUUUUUUAUUGAUCCAAAUAUAUGGAAAUAAUUUUUGAUUACAUUUUACAUAUUUUAUUUUCAGCACAUAAAUAUAAUACAUUUUAACCAAGUCAACAUUUUACAAUUAUAACAAUGUCAACACAAGACAUCUAAAGAAUUUCUAUAUCGUAGAACUCCUUUAGUGACAACAAUGACUUAAUUAUAAUGUCAUCAUUUAUAUUUGGUAGCCGUACAUAUUAUAAUAAUAUUUUGUUUUUCAAAUCAGCUACAGCAACUAAAUAUAUAAUUAUUGUAAUGAAAUAAAAAUAAAUUCAUUGCCUAAAUUUCUUAGAUAGACAGCGUGCCCUAAAGUGUUAUUAAGAAAAUAAAUCAGUAAAUCAAAAUAUCUGCAAUGGUGUUUGAGAACCAGUGUCUACAAAAAUCACAUCAAUGCAUUAGAAAUACUGACAUUGAAAAAAAAAGUCACUUAUAUGAAAUACAUUAUCUUUAUAUGCACACAUACCUAAAAUAUGGAUCACAUGUAGGUCUAAGUACAUCACAAUUUACUAAUCUGUUACACAUAGGCCUAUUUUCAUACAUGCAUGCAUGCACUAGCUUUUUAAAGCAAAGUGAGCAGCUUAAUAUAAUUAAACUUCAUUGAGCUUUUUAUUUUGAAUUCCUGUCCAGGAACUCCGUCAACUGAUUGUCACACCGCUUGUCCACAGCGGCCAGUCCCAAAAACUGAGUCGGGAGCAGUUAUUGCGUUUGCAGGCGGCCAGUCAACAAUACGCUGCUGGCGAUUCUCUUCCUCAAGCAGGCAACGGUGAAACAACUGGAGCAAGGAAACAUGUCUACAUUGAUUGUAUGUUGAUACUAUAUGUCAUAUACAUAUUGGUUGUAUGUUAAUACUGGAUGUCAUAUACAUAUUAUUGUAUGUUGAAAGUGUAUGUCAUAUACAUACUGAUUGUAUGUCAAUAUUGUAUGUCAUAUACAUAUUGAUACUACGUUAAAAAGAACUGGAGCUCUCUGUUCUCACUUAAUCAUUAGUAUUUAAUUAUAAGUAAUAUGUAAGAGUCAUCUUUAUACUAGUCUGUGUAACUAAUGGUUUAAUAUUACAUCAAGAAAGAAAAGAGUUACAUUAAAAAUCCGAUUUAAAAAAUAAAUCUUAUUUCUACUUUUUCUUCCAUUAACAUUUAGAAUAUUUUUUAAAAUCUAAAUUUGUAUAUUAUUCCAUAAUUUGGAUAGUAUUCCAUAAUUUGGAUAUUAUUCCAUAAUUUGGAAAGUAUUCCAUAAUUUGGAUAUUAUUUCAUAAUUUAGAUAUUACUCCAUAAUUUGGAUAGUAUUCCAUAAUUUGGAAAGUAUUCCAUUAUUUGGAUAUUAUUCCAUAAUUUGGAUAUUAUUCCACAAUUUGGAUAUCAUUCCACAAUUUAGAUAUUAUUCCAUAAUUUGGAUAUUAUUCCACGAUUUAGAUUUCUCCACAAUUUUGAUAUUAUUCCACAAUUUGGAUAUUAUUCCACAAUUUUGAUAUUAUUCCACAAUUAGGAUAUUAUUCCACAUUUGGAUAUUAUUCCAUAAUUUGGAUAUUAUUCCACAAUUUGGAUAUUAUUCAAUAAUUUACAAACAAACAAUAUUGUAACAACAACAUUUCUUUUUCAGGCAGCAAAUUUAGAACAGUGGUUUCCAACUCUGCUUAGAGCAGCGGCUCUCCACCUGUGGGUUGUGACCUCUUUGGUGGUCGAACAGGGUUUGACUUUGACCGAAGGAAGACAAAUAUUUAAUAAGUAGCGACAAAAUAACUGUAUGGUUGGUGGUCACCUCAAUAUGAGGAACGGUAUUAAAGGGUUGCGGCAUUAGGAACGUUGAGAACCAUGGGCUUAGAGAAUCAUGAAAAGGUUGAAAUUUUGCAAUGAAAAGGGCUUUAAAGGAAAAGCUUAUUUCAUAUGCUAAAAUAAAAAGCUAUCUUUUAAAUUGGAUUCUUCUCCGGGGCCUUUUUUAUGCUGAAUUGUUGGGAACCACUGAUUCACUUGACUUUAAAAAUAAAACUGUGUCCACUGUGUAACAUAAAUAAUAUCCUUUCUUGACUUUUCUCAGUAAACCAGAACAACUUGGACGAUGGCUACGGCACCAUCAGGACAGUCCAGAUCUUGACUCAUGCCAAGAAUGCACCCAGGCCUCAAACAGCAGGUCACAAACAGCGACCUCUAUCAGGCCACAGCAUAGAUAGGAGAGCACUCUCAGCCAGCCAGACGGAGAAUAACUUAAAAUCCGGGGACAGAGGUCGAGUGCGAGACAGGAAUGAGAGGAAUGCUAAACUAGGGAGGAGUGACAGCGGCAGUGGAAGAACAAGCCAAGCAAUAGAAAAGCAUCACAGCUCGGAGCAUCACAGCUCAGAUGAUAAAAACAGAUCAGGAAGCCAGUCACCGAGGCGGGUCAUUCUGCCGUCGGACACGCAUCUCAAAAACACAAACAACCCUUUGCUGAAGCAGUGGCUUAAAAAAAAAGAAAAAGAACUUCGCCGACGCAAGCGAGACGAACGCAAGAAGGCCAAAGAAGAGAGAGAGAAAAAACAAGAACUGGAGCAGGAGAAACAAGAGUCUCUGAAAGAAUCGGAUCAGAAAGUGAGAGAAUGGAUGGUGAAGAAAAGGAAAGAGGCCUUCCUCAGAGAAAAGGAGGCAAGGAAGAUGAUAAAAGAGGAAGAAAGAAAGAUGUUGGAGAGACAGCAGAGGCAGCAGUUGACGCCAGUAUCCCGACCUCUGACUCCGGGGGAUGAGACCACAAGGAGCGUGAAAACUGUUGAUAAUUUCAUCAUACAUAAUGGAGAAAGCAUAACUCCCAGCCCGCCCCCAAGCAAGUUUGUGUACAAGCGCCCAGUCAGCGGGAGGGUCAAGCUGAUCAAGUUCCAGCAGGUGCGCAAGGAGGACGCAAAGAGAGCAGAGCAAGAAAAAGAAAAAUUCCAAAAAAAGUUGGCGGAAGAGAAGGCCAGAAAAAUGAGAGUUUCGUAUGACCAGUGGCUGCUCAAGAAGAGAGAGGAUGACUACACCAAGAGGCAAGAGGCUGCUAGGCAGAGAGCCUUGGCUAAGUCUGACCCAGAGCUGGAGAGGAUUGUGCCUCAGCUGGCACGGAAUAGGAUUGAUAAUAUUCAGAGAGGAAAGAAGAGAGUCAUCACGGGAGUGACCAAGUUUGAUGAAGACAUCAAUAAAUCCUUUGGUGGGGGAGACUUUGACCAAGAAGCUGAAAAUGUUCAAGUUCAAGGUCGUUACCAGUUCGGAGUGUUGGGCUCUAAGUCGAAUCUUACCGCACGUCCAUCUAGUGCAAAGAUUCAGGUUGCUGCUCCGCAAAUGUCUAAAUCCCCUAGGAGGCCUGCAUCUGCUCACCCAGCCGUUGACUCUAGGAUACAAAAUUGUGAUUCCUCAGAUACAAAUCCAUUUAAAUUGCCUUUCCCACCAGAGCAAGGGGCACCCAAGCAUGUCUUGGACAAACAAAGGAAGCUCUUUGCCCCGCAAGUGAUGCUGACGAUGCCCAAUGGUCAGCAGGUGUCCAACAUAGAGCUUCAAUCAGAUCAACAAACACCACAGCUCGGGGUGGAAGAGGACAAGGACGAUACUACUCCAAAGUUAGAUAAACUUCCAUCUGCUGUGGACGAAACUGCAGCACCACUAUCAACUUCAGAACAUCCGGACCAAAAGUCCAUUGACGAAGACAAUAACAAUAGAACUGAUUCUGAACAGACAUUUUUGUCCUACUUUGUAACAGCUAAUGACAUUGACCAAGCAAAAGAUAACCACCAGGGCAUUAAAUCUCCCAGACAACACUCUGUGGAGGAAGUGGCUGAAGAAUUGCCAGAGGACUUCAGAGAAUAUGACAGCUCAGAUCACAGCUCUGAGAGUAGUUCACUUACAGAAAGUCCAAGAACCGAUAAUGAUAAAAUGGAGCAAGAUGCCAAUGAGGAGCUGACUCCCAUGCAAGGAAAGAAAGAGCAUUUCAGAGAUACUUCGCACGAUGCUGCAGUUAAUCCUAAUGACUUGUAUGAAAACCUUAGCUUGAAUCUGGGGUAUUCAGAGGAAGAUGAAGAGCCAGAUAAAUCACAAGUUUACUAUGAUACGCCAGAAAAGUCUGAUGAUAUGGUAGAAGACAAGGCCGCCUCGGAGCUGUCCGAGUCAAAGAAUUUUGGGAAACAUGUGUCAUUUCAAGAAAACCCUGUCGUGUUUGAGCCACCCGAUUUAGAGGAUGGCCCCGAUGUUGGACCUGAUGGUGUUGUGGAUGAAGAGAGCAGUUUGUUUGAAGCUCAGUUGCCAAAUGAUGAUGAUGAUGAUAACUUCUGAUCACAGUAGUAAAUGAGAGAAUGUCGUUAAGGGACAUUUGAUCCAUUUGAUAUCAAUAUGUACCGUAUUUUAUGGACUGUAAGACGCUACGGUCUAUAAGACGCACCUUAGUUUUUAAGCAAUUUUUAAACAAAUAAACUAUAUAUAUAUUAUAUUAAGUUUGAGUAUAAGUCGCAGCUGAAUUUUGGAGGCAAUUUUUCAAAGAAAAAGUGCGUCUUAUAGUCCGUAAAAUACGGUAGCUAUAAUAAUAAUCCCUGAAAUGAUUUAGUCCGCCCAAAGGGAGUUAAGGGGUAAAACAUUUGUAACAGUGGUUGAAUUAUAUUAAAUCCCUUGAAAUUUGGCUUACUUAUUAGUUUAAGAGCUGGGAAAGCGACUUGUGGUUACUUUACAUUUCGUGCACUUACUGACUUAGGGUUUUUAGGUUGCGCUAGGGUUUUUAGGUUGCGCUGACUGGUAUUGACUUACAGUAUAGAAUUCGUACGCUCAUUGGAAGGGCUCUAAACAGUCACGGGGUAUUCAUGGCUAUGAUGGUAAUUGAUUUCCUACUCUUAUUGAUUUAGUAACCUCAUUAAAAACUUACAAGGAAUUGAACUCAACAUCAGUACCCAUUACUACCCACUCUAUAUAAAGUCAAUACAACUAAGCAUCGGUGGGUACAUGGAGAGCCAUCUGGAAUUAUUUUUAUAGAUCAUGCACCCCUUCCUUUAUUUUACACAUGCAACGUGGUUGUCUUGCCCCAGCUAGUAUUACUAUAUUUGUAGAUAUCCAAAGAUAUAAUGAGUAUAAUGUCCCCGCCGCACCCACUAAAAUUCUUUUCAAUUAUUGAAAGUCAAAUAAGAUUAUUAAGAUUAAGUUAAAUAAUUUCCUGCAUAACCAAAAAAAAAUGAACAUUUAUGCUCUCCAGUUUUAUUUCUAUAUAAAAAUUCCAGUUUUUGUUGAGCGUACUACAGAAUCAUACUGAUGUCGAACAUAGACCUUUAACUAGUAGAUACGUUCUACAAUGGCACUCACCACAGAUUGAAGCUUAAUAUUGCAAAGCGGGUUUAAAAUUUACACAAAGGUACACGAACCUCCUUCUGCUGUUGAGGCAAUGUCAGCAGCAGCGGCACUAUCAACUGCCAACAAUUCUUAUAUAUAAAUCUGAAUUUAUUUCUUUUUCGGAGUUAGGUUCAUGUUUUCUUUGUACCAGCCAUUAUAAAUUCUAUGGUGAAGUUGAAAUGUAUUCUUGUUAAAAAAAACAAAAAACAACAAUGUCCUUGUUUCUCUGUGCAAUACUGAUGAUUCCUUUCUUUAUAUUUAUAUUAAUUAUUUAUAUAUUUUAAAUUAAGAAUUAGUUUAGUGAUAUAAAUUAAGCAAGAUAAUUUUAUCUAAACAAAUUAGUGUUAAGCCUUGUCAUCACAAUUGUUUGGUUUUUUUAUGCCUUGACUCUGCUGACCAAAUAAUAAACAUGUUUAUUUAAAAAGAAACAAAAAAAACUUUGCUAAGACUCAGUUAAAGAAAUAUCACCCAUUUAUUUCUACUGAAUUCUGAUUGGUUCAAUGACAUUUGUUUCUAAUUUUACUAUUUUAGAAACUGAUUUCAUUCAGCAAGUCAAAGAGUGAGAACUGUAUGAUAUAAAUGAUAAUGCUUUGAUCUGAUAGAUCAGGUAAUGCAUUUUAAUAUAGUGAAUUAUUUUUGUUCAUGAUUCUGAAUAUUUUUUUUAAAGGAAGAACUAAAGGAAUUCAAGAUGAUGAUCCAAGAUCACAAUUUUUGUGCCAAAACUAAUGUAUUCUUAUUUUAGUAGCCUGCUAUUUAUUUAUUCAUUUAUUUUUAAAACAAAAAGAUCGAAUGGUUGCUUUUAAAUAAACAAAAAGAAAAGAACUUUACAAAGAACUCUAUAAUAUUUAUAUUUCAGUUUCUUCUUAUUCAAAUAAAUAGAUGAUGCGAUAGAAAUGUUUAAAUAUCUAUACAUGUAUUGUUAUCAAUAAUACAUUUACAACAAACUUGUAUGCACU